AUGUCUGGGCUAUCAAAGGUAAAAAUAAUGUGAUAACUGAAUCAUCUUGUAGGUCUGUGUAGUUUAAUUUUUUACCAUAAUGAAAAAACCUGCUGAAGCAAUACAUGUCACUUUCACUGUCUUUUGAAGGUUCUCUCAAAAAAUUAUUAGACUUUCAACACUGGAAAUUGAAUGAUAUAUUGAUUGGUUAUUAUUUUACAACCAGCAAAUAAAACAGUCACUUACCAGUACAUGUAGAGUUUCAAAAAGAAUGGAAGUUAAUAGUUUAAUAGGAGUACAUAUUUGUUAUAUGCAUUCCAUGCACAGUUACAUCUUACUGUAUAUGUAUGUUGGUAGAAGUCAGGAGGUUGAUGAAAUCAACAUGCAUCACAUACAGUACAUGUAUCUGACUUUAUGCUAUUAGGCAGAGCCUGCAUGCAAAUUUAGAAAGAAGUUGAUUUUCUUUCUUAAUUCUUUACCUCAAUUCUUUAUCUCAAAACUUACAUUUCUAUCUACAAACAUUAUGCUAUCAACAUUAUCGAUCCUAGCAGUAUAUGGGAUGCGUGUCAUAUGCACUUCAUAUAAGACCUUGCUCACUGUAGAGUCUCUGUGGCUCAGUGGUAGAGUUUCUUUCUUAAAAAUUACUAUGUUAGCAUGUAGGGUGGUAUGUUGCUGGCAUCAAUCACAUCGCCGCAUUUGGGUUUGUAUCUCACACUAAUCAGAUUUCCGCAUAUGGGUAUGUAUCUUGCACCAAUCAGAUUGCUGCAUUAUGGUAUUAUCUUGCACCAAUCAUAUCACAGCAUUUGGAUAUCUUGCACCAGUCAUGGUGUUUGGGAAUUGUUUCCUUGGAAAUGAUGUCAUGGAAUCAGGGGGCUGUGCACAAGGAAUGACAUUUGAAAAAGGGUGACCAUAAAUUUUGGGCUCAUUUGAUUAGUUUAAUGGUUUGUGGCCUUCACAAAAGCCUCGUUGAUUGAGAUCAAGAUUUAUCUGGAUAUAAAAGGUUUGCAUUUAACCUUUUUGUAUCAUUUUUAAGCUAAAGUGUGUUUUUUGCUGCCGAACAACUGAUAUUCCAGCACGUACCAUGAAAACAACACCCAAAGUCCAAUGAGAAAACACCCAAUCUUCUACUACAUGAACAUUAUGCAAUUUUUUAUGUGUUUGAAUUGUAUUCUACCAAUCAAAUUCGGUUUUGCUAAAUUAAACUUUGCUCCAUCAUGUGUCAUUUCCUUGUAAACAAACUGUAUUUAAUCAUGUAUUCUAACUGCAUUGUCGAACCGCUCUGGAAAAAAUCUACAUGGAACUAAAUGCUACUGAUAGUGAAUUUUCCACACAGUUCUCCUGUAUUUUGACUUUUUCUAGGAAAAAAAUUGGCUUUUAGCUGCCUUUGAGUGAAUUCAAUCACGUCUUAUUUCCUUGUAAACAACCUGUAUUUUAUCAUGUGUUUCACACACAGAGGGCAAAGUCCUGAUUGGCAACAACUAAUCAAGGAACCCCCUUUAAUAUAUUAUCCUUUUGUCUUGUUCACUGUUUCUUCACUUAUUCGAGAUGGCAAUAUAUCUUUGGUUAGGGUCUAUUGGAAAUACAGCAGAGUUUCACUUUGCUUUUCAUGGUAAAAUUAUGUAGAAUUAUAUUUUUGGGGCAAAAAUAGGUGAAUAAGUUUGAUUUUCUUUCUGUUUGAGCAACAGCAGUAAGCAUAGUCUCUUUCACAACUGUUAUUUGGUCUCAUCAUGCAUUGCGCUCUCUCUCCAAUGGGGAAUAUAUGGUGUUGUGUGACGAGACCAAACAAGGGCUGCGAAGGAGGCAACAUUAAGUGUGGCAUGGAUGCAUUCUAUUUUUGCAUAGUAGUAUUAUGACAAUAGAGUCAAUAGACUACAAAAUACCUGUGCAAGUUCAGAUAAAUUUUUUUUUCUUUCUGUUAUGGUGAAGUAAUGCAAUAUUUUCAUCUUUUUGAAAGUUAUGCCUUUUUUCUGUUACAAAAAUGAGAACAUUAGACACUCAAAGUGUCCCAUCUCAACCCGCCCAGCCUAAAAAGUAACUCUUGCAUGCUAUGUAUGCCUAUGUUUAACAUAUUGCUGCCCCAAUUCCUUGCUAAGGAGCUAUUAUGGUAAAAAUCCUUAUGUAGGCACAGCUGUGCACCAUAACAUGAUGUAUGCAAUUUUUCUACAUGAACUAGCAAUUCCAUAUUCAUUGUAGGAAACGUUUAAAUAAUUUUUUAAGACUUCUUGUUUUACUCUGAUAGGACUUUGACAUCACCAGUGUAGCCUCUACAUCACAAGACAGCCAAGUAAACAGGAAGCUGAGAGUCACUUUGCUAAGCAGAGCGUGGAGAUCAUCAACCGAUGGAGACUUGUCAACCAUCAACAGAGAACUAGCCAUACAGCUAGCUAAACACUCUAAUGUGGAAGUUAGUGUCUUUCUUCUACAAUGUGAUGAAGAAGACAGAAACAAUGCAGCAAGUCACCAUGUGCAGCUUGUUAAAGCAAAAAAAAAAGUGAUUGGGUGCAAUCCAGUUGACUGGCUGAGGAAUGUCCCAGAUGGACAUGUCAUGGAUUGUGUAGUAGGACAUGGAGUAAGUCUUGGCAAACAAGUGCAGUUCAUUAGAAAAGAUCACCAAUGCAAAUGGAUCCAGGUUGUUCACACUGCCUCAGAAGAACUUGGAAUGUACAAAAACAUUUGGCAAGGUGAACAACUGCACAAAAUAGAAGUAGAAUUGUGUGAGAUGGCUGAUCAAAUUGUAGCAAUUGGACCCAAGCUGACAGAUGCUUACAAGGGUUACCUUCGUGGUAGUAAAAAAGAGCAAAAUGUCAUUAAUCUCACUCCAAGCAUUUUCCUGAAUUUUUGA